AUGGGUGAACAAAUUGAAGGUGGGAUUUGUGGAGGAAGCUUGUGGAUCAACCCGUCUUUGAAUCUCUUCCGUUCAUCGACGACUUGUUCGUCGUCUUCGAUCAACGUCUCCGGGUGGCCGAGCCACGAUCCGCCGCUUGCCGCCGCUAGGUCUUUGAGCAACGACUCGGCCGGUUCAGCUUCGGAUGGACCCGGUUCAGUAGUAAUUGAUCCAGAUGUUAAACCGUCACAAGAAAACGUAUCAAUGGCCUCAACCCUUCAAAUGAUGGGAAUCAACCUUUCAUCUCACCCAACUAUUGAUGAUAAUUGGAACCAUGAUUUUAUACAUGAAACCGGGAAAUCAGAAGAAAAUUAUGCUCAUCACAACUUGCAACCUUCUUUGAUGGACCCGACCCGCAUAACCGGUUUCGAGCAAAACCCGUGUUUUCAGUUCAACUCGACUCAGUUCAACUACAAUUCACCCUUUUUGCAAACAUUGUUCGACGUGGAAUCUAAUCAACAGUUGCAAAUGGACAAUCAUCAGUCGAUAAAUUACGUGCCGUCACAAAGUUAUGUGAACCCGACCGAAUUUUGCCCUACUUUACCCAGUAACAAAGUUCAAAAACCGGAACAUGGUAAUCGUCAUUUGCAGUUUGCGAAUAACGCGCACUUUUGGAGUUCGUCGACUUCGAAUUUCGUGCCCUCGAGCACGGCUCAAUUCGUCCGCCCUUCGUCUCUUCAUAGCGCAAAACCUAAUUUUCACAACCUUAGUACUACCAAGCAACAUAUUAUUCAAGAAAACGGCCGGGGACUAAUUUCAUCAGCAGCACAAAAGAAAGCCACCCAUGAACCGGCGGUCAAGCGUCCACGUGUCGAUAAUCCAUCACCAUUACCGGCUUUUAAGGUUCGAAAAGAGAAGCUUGGGGACCGAAUUACAGCACUACAGCAGCUAGUUUCACCUUUUGGAAAGACUGACACUGCAUCAGUUCUACAUGAAGCAAUUGAAUACAUCAAAUUUCUCCAUGAACAAGUCAGUGUGUUAAGCACUCCAUAUUUGAAAAAUGGAUCUCCUCAUCAACUGCAACAUCAACAGAAUAUUGAAGACCUGAAAAGCAGAGGGCUUUGCCUUGUACCAAUAUCAAGUACACUAUUCCCAGUUGCUACUGAACAAACUAUUACUGAUUUUUGGACACCAACUUUUGGAGGGUGUUUUAGGUAA